AUGAUCAUGCGGUUGAAAAUUGCCAAGAUGUGGAAGUUGGCAUUUACCCUUCUUUUGUUCAUGAGCCUUUUGCUGCAAGAUAAAACAAUAGGAGCUACGCCUAUUGCACGAGAAGCUGAAGGCAAUAAGGAUAACCUCCUCCAGGAAAAUGAAGGUUCCACCAGGGGAACGACUCUAGAAAGUGCCGACGACAAUAGUUUUAUCACCGAAGACCCCAAUUUACCGGAAAAUGGUGGUUCCACCACUGGUUCAACGCCAGCAGUUGAUGGCGGCAAUUCCGAGGUCUUGAAUGACCAAGAAAAUGGUGGUUCCACCACUGGUUCAACGCCAGCAGGUGAUGACAGCAAUUCCGAGGUCUUGCAUGACCAAGAAAACGGUGGUUCCACAACUGGUUCAACGCCAGCAGGUAAUGACAGCAAUUCCGAGGUCUCGCAUGACCAAGACAAUGGUAGUUCCACCACUGGUUCAACGCCAGCAGGUAAUGACGGCAAUUCCGAGGUCUCGCAAGACCAAGACAAUGGUGGUUCCACCACUGGUUCAACGCCAGCAGGUAAUGGCGGCAGCGGUGACCCUGGAAACGACAACCAAGCACAAUUUGGAGUAGGUAUUUUAGGCACAGAUGAUGCAAUGAAAGGAGCCACCUCCGUUUUCGUCGAUGGUACCACUCAUGAAAGGAAUGAACUCCUGCUCGUGUUCACUGGCACCAACAUCGUCUACAAACUCUGCGAAGGCAAGGCUGUCGUCUCAUAA